GGAAGCGAGUGGUGGCGUGGAAGCAGAGGAAGGAAAAAGAGAUCCUUCUUUGAAGAAGGGAGAGGAGAAGAGUCACAAGCCAGUGGGUAGGUUGCUACCAGCCUACCGCCAUCUCCGUCUGCUUGGCCUAACAUUCUUGUGCGUCCCAAACUCCUCCACUUUCGUUCCUUGCAAUUUUUCGACUUCGUGUUCGCCUCAUCUUCUCCUUGGGUUGGUUUCUCAUUGUUAGAGUUCUCAAUUUCAAAAUGAAGCUCUUGCUAUUUCUUCAUCUUAUUGCGGUGUUGAAUUGUUGGUGGUUUGGUUUUUCGACGAGCUAGUCUGUGAGACUAGUUGGUGGUUGCUAGUUUGCGGAAACCGUUCUGCCAAAGACCAGUUGGUGGAUGGCAGGUGAAACAGUUUUAGUUGUGUAAGAGAAAGAGAAAAUUUCGGGUGGGGCAGCUGUCUUGUUGGUUGAUCAUGGCUGAUUUUGAUAUGCCUUCCGUUUUGUUAAUCGAGUGAGAAGCCAAACUGAGUAUCGGAAGGGAAGUGAAACGAAUUGCCCAUUUUUUCUUUAGUGCUGACUGCUGGGAGAUCUGUUUUUAUAUUCUUCCUUGUAUCAUCUACCAGAUUGAAUUUCAAAGAGUAGUAUAACCAGUUGUACUUAUUGAAGGCUCAAGUUUGUAUCUGAUGGCUUCAGUGGAAGAGCCAGGACGUCAGAGAAGUAAGCCCCCUGGCAUACGGCUUGUUGAAUGUGUCUAUGGAUCCAGCUUGAGUGUUAGAACAUACCAGGCAAUUGUUCUCGUCGUCACUUUCCUUGCUUAUGCAAGCUAUCAUGCCUCAAGGAAAUGCACGAGCAUCGUUAAAAGUGUUUUGGAUCCUGAGUCGUCAGAAAUGAGAAUAUCAUCAUGGCCGGCGAGCGUUUAUCUGAAAGCAAACAGGGAAAAACUUAGAGCCAGCAGUGAUGGAUGGGCCCCAUUCAAUGGGGCAGACGGCACAGAGCUGCUUGGAGAAAUCGACCUUGCUUUUCUCUCAUUUUAUGCUUUUGGCAUGUAUUUCUCUGGACAACUUGGUGAUCGCCUGGACUUGCGGCUGUUCCUUACAGCUGGGAUGGUGGGAACUGGAUUAUUCACUUCACUGUUUGGAGCAGCUUAUUGGUUGAACAUUCAUAUCUAUGUCUACUUCUUAGUGGUUCAGAUGUUUGCAGGCCUCUUUCAAUCAACUGGAUGGCCAUCUGUUGUUGCCGUUGUUGGUGAGUGGUUUGGGAAGAAAAAAAGAGGGUUGAUAAUGGGAAUAUGGAAUGCACAUACUUCUGUAGGCAAUAUAUCUGGUUCAUUGAUUGCUUCGGCUGUCCUCAGAUAUGGGUGGGGAUGGUCCUUUCUGUUACCGGGGCUACUUAUUGCCUCAAUGGGAUUGCUGGUGUUUCUCGUCUUGCCUGUUAGUCCUGAAAGCAUGGGCUUGAACAGAGAUAGAGAUGGCUUAUUAGAGUCCUUCAAGAAGGAAGGAGUUGAAGAGCCCCUACUGAGGCAGAUGAAUGGUGAUAAAGAGAAGGCUGUGGGUUUUAUACAGGCAUGGAGGAUCCCAGGGGUGGCAUCAUAUGCUCUCUGCCUCUUCUUCUCGAAAUUGGUGGCUUAUACUUUCCUUUACUGGCUUCCUUUCUACAUCAGCCGCACCGCGAUUGAUGGGAAAUAUUUGUCUGAUCAGACUGCUGGGUACCUAUCUACUCUUUUUGAUGUAGGAGGUGUGGUGGGUGGCAUCCUUGCAGGUCAUAUAUCUGACCGGCUUGAUGCUAGAGCCAUAACAGCUGCAAGCUUCAUGUAUUGUGCAAUCCCCGCACUCUUCUUCUACCGAGCAUAUGGUGAUGUUUCUCUGUAUGUGAACAUCAUUUUGAUGUUCUUUGCCGGAAUGUUCGUGAAUGGACCAUAUGCACUGAUCACCACUGCAGUUUCUGCAGACUUGGGCACGCACAGCUCCUUAGACGGGAAUUCACGGGCACUUGCAACAGUGACAGCAAUAAUUGAUGGAACUGGGUCUAUUGGUGCAGCUCUGGGGCCAUUGUUGACAGGCUAUAUCUCUGUCAAGAGCUGGAAUGGUGUUUUUUUAAUGUUAAUGCUGUCAGCAUUAGUAGCAGGACUGCUGUUGACACGGCUGGUAAUAGCUGAGGUGGCUGCCAAGAUUGAGAGGGCGAGGUCUGUAAAUAACCACAUGAGGUUGGGAGUUUGAUUUGGUUUCUGAUUUCCCAUUCUGCUCUUCAAUGGUCACCGGUUCAACAUAUUUGUUGAACUUGAGAGGUGACCUGUCGAAUAAGGCAUGCGUCUCUUUUGUCUAUAUGUUCUCCAAGGAGGCUGCAUGGAGGGGCAGCAUUGGUGACCGAUCAAGCAUAGUACACUGGCUCUGAUAGUUCUGUUAUAAAAUGCUACACAUCAAGUAGUUUUGUGUAGUAGAGGCAAUUUUCGUCCCGAUCAUUGGUUGUAAGCGUAAGGUUUAUCUUCCUCCUUUUUCUGAUCAUGAAGCAUGUUGGAGUCGAUAUUACUAGUAUCAGGCUCAGUGAAUGGGUAAAGAUGCCAGUCAUGGAGCAAAAGCCAAAUAGAGGAUGGCAGUUACACAAAUAAGCCGGAAAUUGAGCUGCUGUAGUACAAUCUGAGGCAUACAGAAAAAGAAAAGAAAGAAAGCUGCAAAGAGAAUGAAACUGUAGCUUUAGAUAAGAGACUGUAUAUGGUCUAUGCGAACAUGAUCGGCAGACAAUGAAGAUUGGAUUUACAGGGUCAGGAAGUGAAUGGAAAAACCUUGCAGGAAUUCGCCUGAGGAAAUACUUCCAGAGGGACAAUCUUUUUGAAGAAAUGGUUUUGAUACUUUAUCCAUGUGAUUCCUUUCCCGUGGCUGUGGAUAUUUAAUUGGGAAAAAUAUUAUUGUGUAUGUCAAUCAAAAAGCCUUUUCCUUGUAUGAAAGAGAUAUUAUAUUGCCACUUGCGUGAAUGAAGUCAUUCUUUGCAUAAAUAUGUAGUUUCUUAUGAAUGAUAAAGCUGUUGACUAUCAUGUUAUUA